ACACUUCAUUUCCUACAAUCAAGCCAAUCAUUGAUCAAUAUGGCACCUGUCAGCCAGGAAACAGUGUAUUUAGUGUUAAUUGCGAUAAUUGCGCUUGUCAUUCUCUUAGUGUACAUUUUUGGCGGAGGAGACAAAAAAAAAGGGCCAGAAGAUGGUCAGGCAGAGGCAGCAGCAGCAGGUAGGCCGCGGGCUAGAGAGGGACCCCCAGGAGCUAGGGCUGGUGGGAUGAGACGGAGAAAUAGGCGUGGUCGGAUGCAGAUGGCUGAUGGAGAUUCAGAUGAAGAAGGUGGGGAGAUGGAGGAGGAGGAUAUAUUUGAUGAGAUCGGGCAGACUGAGGGGAAGAUUGGAGCCAAGAAACUUAGGAAACUACAAGAAAAAGCAGAAAAGAAAAGACAAAGAGAAAUGGAGCUGCAGGAGAGGGAGGAGAAAAGGGAUCGGGAGAAGAAAUUGGAGGCCCAGCGUAAAAAAGAAGAUGAGAGAGAAAAACAGGAAGAGGAGGCCAGGCUGGAGGAUGAGAAGAAGGCCCGCGAGGAACAGGAGAAGCGGGAUCACGAGGAAUACCUCAAGCUGAAGGAGGCGUUCUCCGUGGAGGAGGAGGGGGAGGCCGAGGAAGGAGCCAAUCUCGAUUCCCAGUCAUUGCUGCAAGAAUUUAUAAACUACAUAAAGGAGAUGAAAGUUGUCAUGUUGGAAGAUUUGGCUGCACACUUUAAAAUCAAAACACAGGAUUGUAUAAACAGAAUACAAGACCUGCAGACAGACGGGCGGUUAACGGGAGUUGUUGAUGACCGGGGAAAGUUUAUCUAUAUCACCGUUGAGGAGCUAGAAGCAGUUGCCAAGUUUAUCAAACAGCACGGCCGUGUGUCGAUACGAGAGCUGGCUGAGUCCAGUAGUAGAUUGAUUAACUUGAACCCAGAUAACGCGGACAUUCAUAAAAAACUGAUUGUGGGUGAUACAGACAUGAGAGAGAUUGUGGAGGUCACGGAGUGAUUGGUCUUAUAGUGGAUCUCUGCUUAUCAUGCUCAUUUUGUGUGUAAAUUAUUUGUAAAUUAUAAAUGAAACCUCAAAGGUCAGAAUAAAGAUUGUGAUGAU